GGAAGGCGUUGCGAGAACACCCUUACGCCCAAGGCCCCAAGCGAGAUAUCCCGGCCCUCCAGCACACAAGCACACGCUGCAUAUCCACAACGCUCCCGCCCAAACUCGCAGAUACCGCACGUCGGAGCAGCGGAGCCCUUUUCCUGUGAACUGCCGAACGAGUUACGGACCGCGGUCAUGUCUCAACGAGGAUCCCCAUGUACGAGCGACAAUGACUGUGCACCCACUCCCGGCAUGCCAAAGUGUCUUAAGGACGGGCUGGGCGCCACAGUGGAGGUCGGACAGUGUGUGUCGCAGGACGUCUUCAACUCGCCACCGCCCACAGCGACGGCAACGCCUUUGCCAGCAAAAGCAGGGGGUUCAGGCCCCAGCGCGGCUUCAGUGCUGACGAUAGUCGGCGCCGUGGUUGGAUGUGUUCUCGUACUCGCUGGGCUGUUGUGGAUUGCACGGAUGAAGCAGAUAUUUCCCUUUCACUAUCUGCGGAAGCGGCAGGAUGACGACUGGGAGGAUAAGCUGAAUCUAUCUGCCGUGGAGAUGGAAGCGAAGGGGGCGGACCGUUCCACUGCUCGGCAAUCCCGCAUAGGAGGGCCGUCUGGCGUCCAAGGGAGGAGCACUGUUGGGCAGAGACCGGAGUUGUCGGCAGUUGUGCCGUCAGAGAUCGGGGUGACCGGAGCAUCGAAUAUGCGAGCGUCUCCCGACCUUGAAGACCAGGGAGACGCCGCUUCAGAAGAGCGUGGACGGGGACAUGGCCGACGUGGAAGUCUCACUAGUCAUGACGACCAGUCUAGAGCCAGCUCCGCAGGUCGCAGAAGCCGGCGGUCGUCUCGCGCUAGUAUCGCCAGUUCGUUCGUGCCGGACUAUCUCCACGAUCUACCCCCGGUUCCUGCCAUGCCGACGAUCGUGCAUAACGGUCCAGACUCUAGAGUCACGGCCGCCAGGCUCUCCACGAUCUUCACUGCGGAACAGCUGGAAGAACUGCAACAGCAGAUGCAGUCGUCAGCGCCACCGUUACCGACCAGUGCGCACACCACAAGGCCCUCCGUCGUAUCCCCUACUUCCAGCACCACCUCACUUUCGCAACUGCAAAACCCCUCCGUUCGAUCGCUUGCAUCGGAAGAGAACCGACAAUCCAUCCGCCACUCGUUCUUCGCUUUCGACAACACAUAUUCCGGAACGCUAGACAAAACAACCGGCCUAUUCUUAUUCGACAAGCCAGAAGAAUCCAUAGACUACUACAAUAAGCUGUCGCAGCAGACCAUUCUGAGCCAGCAAAAGGCGGCAGGGACGCAACAAACGUCCAGCGGCCGGAAAUCCAUAGACGAAGUGCGGGAGAAACGCCGAAAAUCCAAAACCCGCCUUCCUAUAGACCCCUCCAGUCAAAAACAACGGCGCUCCCGGGCAGAAGCGCUGCCUAUGUCUAUGACGCACGCGAACUCGUCUCGCAGCAGCCUUACCAAAGCCAACCUCGCGAAGCUAGACGUGGCGUCGAAGCCGGUGACAAAACCGCGCCGCUUUGAAACCCCGACCCAGGGCAGUAGCAGUUCCCCGACUACAUCGACGUCGCGGAGCAGUAGCGCGGCCUUGGCGCCCGAAAAGCGCAAAUCGACGCAUGAGAGUGCUGGGCAUCCUUCCCGGCGUUGAUAACUUAUGUAUUUUCUUUUGUAAAUCCCGCCGUAUAUGUAAUAUUUCUGUUAUCGUUGUCCAUAGAUAGAGCUCUCUCUUGUAAUCUAGUAUCUGUAACUCUUCAGUGUAAAGAUGAUAACUUUUACUCAAGCGCGGAAACCUCCAAUCGAGACAAUGCCAUUCCGAGGAG